AUGGCGGCACCAGAGAUGGCCGACAUGGCCCUGCUGCUCACCAGAUACCACGACAAGUUCCCAGCCGAUUUCCAAGCCGAGCUGGCAUGCCUCAUCGAGAGCGCCGACCACUACGACCUCUUCAAACGCGUCGAAGACCUCAUCGCCGCGCACAAGCUCGACUACCUGCUCUCCCGCGAGGACAACCUCCGGCGCGCCCUCUGCGAGCUCUACGGCGCGCGCCACCCCUGGCUCGCCACGGCCGACCUCGGCGCCGCCGCCUGGCAGCGCGAGCAGGAACGCGCGCUCGCCGCGUUCCGGGAGCGCGCCGCGCGGGACAGGGCGGCCGGCGUGUCGCGCGACAUGCGCAUUGGCGGUCUGCGGAUUCGUCUGACUCCCGAAACGAGAAAAUGGAAUGCGCCGAAACUCAAAGGUCACAUUGAGAACUUGCUUAGGAAGAGUGGGAACACGUCGCAUGUUGUUACUUUGGCGGAGGUUCAGAAGAUGGUAGACACCUCAGCAAAGAUCCAGGACAAACCCGUUCCUAAAACCCCACAGGACCGACAUGUGCGGGAGGAAGAUGAAAUAACGCCGCCACAGGUCGAUACUGAGACGACCAUCCAAAUACCUACGCCUGAAACGAGCCUUGACAGCGACGUAAGGGCCGAGCUGCGGCGGAAAGCCCUCGAUGCACACGGCCUAAAGCAUGGGCUUCAGCAGAGUGGAACGACUGGGAGGGGAACAUCCGCUAUACCAACGGGAAGUCAUGACUAUUAUGAUGAGAACUGGCUCAAAAACUGGCUCAUCCACAACGACAUGGCGACCCCUGAUGACCUGAAGAUGUUUUCGUAUGGCGGUUGGCGCAUCCAUUCACCCAAGAUCACGCUCAUUCGCAUAAAAAACUUUCUGGCCGAUGAGGAUCUCGAUCGCACUCUACUUUGGACGAGCCAACGUGGUGAGAUCCUCCUCUACCUGCAACAUCUCCAGGAGAACGUAUACGAUGGGCAGGACUGGGGAUACGAUCUUAACGAGGUCAUCAGCAUGCUCCAGACGCAUUGGGUGUACGAACAGCACCACUACGACGAGCCGGAGCUCAUCCUCAGCUUUGAACCGGUUGAACACCCCAAACGGCUGCAGGCACCCCCCAACGCACCCAUCAUCAUCAUGACUGAUAGUGAAGAGCAAACUGAACCGGUCAAGCCGCGAUACUUGCAGCACCGCGUCCCUAAAUCGGUCCAUGAUGUGGACUUCCAGAUCCCCGGCCCCCUGCUGCGCACCCGUUUUCUGACAUGGUUCCGAGAGGACCUGACGCGCCUGUGGCACUUUGAUGACCCCGAGAGGCCCCUUAUCGGUGGCAUCGGCUCGGGCGCCCGCGGAGACAGCAUGUUCGAGUAUGGCUAUAACCCAGACUUCAAUUCGGCCGAGGUGGCCGACGACCGGUUCGUCAAGUGCAUAUCCCUGGGCACUUCUGAGACAGCCCGCACCCUUCGCGAGGAGUCCAACUUCUACCUAGCCCACAAGGACUUCAUCGUGGGCAAAGAGGGAGCCCUGUGGCCAACAGGCCACGCCGUGCGGCGCUUUGCCGACUUUCGCGGCGCCAAGAGGGCGGCGUUGCAGCAGUGCAUCGAGCACUUUGGGAUCGUCGACGGCGACGUCGAUGCCGCGGACGCCGGCGCGGAGCACUUCCGCAGGGCUCGUCCUGCCUACGCCCUGGCGCGAGAAGGAGCGAUGCUGCGGAACCACGAGGAGCGCGCGCGCAACGUCAUACCGAGCAUGCAACAGGGCCACGCCAAACGCUUCGCUGCCGACAAGCUCUCUGUCUUGCCGAGCUGGAACUUCAUGGGUCCGUUCAACCCGACUCUCGUGCCGCGUCACAUCGACAUCAAGCACGCACAGGCCACGCGUUUCCGCAACAUGAUCACACAGGUUGAGAUCGCCAACCGCAGGGCGCCACGAAAGCUACUCGAUGAUAUAUCCGAGAAUUUUCGCCUGGGCUGUGAGGUUGGAAAGCCGGCGCAGGACGUCUUAGACGAGCUCGAUCGGCAGAAGAAAGACCUGCCGGCUGGCGAAGAGUAUCGUCCCAUCUCGCCCGAUGACCAUCACUGGAUGAGAUUUGUCGUGGGGCCAUCAACAAAUGACCUGCUGAUGGAGGAGAUCGGGGAUAACUUCGAGGACUGGCGAUUUGAGCUCUUCAACGAGCGACUACAGAUACUGCUCAACGAUCCCUACAAUGACGCACUGCUCGCAAGGGCGGGCCAGCACAGGACGUCUGAGCAGAUAUGCCAUGAGAUCAACGGCUUUGCGGCCACCAAUCCGCUGCAGGAGGCGCUGUAUUCGAAAGAAGAGGCGGAAGAAUACUGCGAUUAUUUGGUCUCGACAGGUCGACUCUCGCAGUCACGCAGCGGCAAGGGCAAGUCGAUCCUUUUCGGCCGCCCCGAGCUGCCUUAUCAUCCGGAGCUCCGCAUCAACUUUUACGUGCCCCCUAUUCAUGUCAAUCCUCUCUUCCCGUCGCGGCCAGAACAGGAGCUGCCGGCGCCAGAGGCACCCCUCCUCGACUGGAAUGCCGCUCUCGUCGCUGCUCUACCGCUGAUCGCCUCUUUUAUUGAUGCGUCUGGCCCAUCACACGAGGAACGCGUCUCUCUGGCUUACCGCACCCUCGCCUACCGUCUCGGCAGCUGGACCGUAAUAUUAGAGAGUGAGGUCGAGGCGGCAUACGCAGAACUUAAGGCUCAAGGUGCGGACCAGGGUUUCAGCAUCCCGGUGGACCGGUACCGCGUCCAGAUCGAUGACCUUCACGGUAUUUGGCGCCAGGAGGUCACGUCACAGCUUGAUGAAGUCGGCGCCGUCAGCUACGCCAGCGUUGCGAGGGCGGCAGAUCCUGGAGCGGCGCACGACUGGCAAGACUGGGCAAGUGGCACGUGGCAUCCCGAAGCCAUCGAGGCUGUCCGCACAGGGCUGAUCAAGGAGCUCUCGGAGGGUGACAACAUGCUCUGGCCUGUGAGGCCACGGUGGGAAGGGGAGCCUGGCAAAGAGACGAUGACGCUGGCGAGGGAGGAUAUCUGGGACUUUGGCCGUGAGGGCGUCAGAGGCAGGAACAAGCAGAAGAAGCAGUUCUUCAGCCUUGACAAGUGGCCGCUGCACCUUCAAAGCGAGGCGACGCAGAGGAAGAAUCGCGCAUCAGGGCCCAGCCCCUCGCCGCCGCCGUAUGACGAGAACGACAUGGGCAAGGGAAAAGGAAAAGAGAGUACGACACGGGGAGUGAAGGCAAGCGUAACUCUAGAAAACGAGACGGCUGUCCAAACGGGGGUUCAAGAUACAGAACCAGCCGUAGUCAAUACUUCAGAGGAUGGGCUUGGACUGGAACUACACUUAACGGCCGAUCCCAAGCGGCAGUUUGUCGCCGACGUGUCUGGCUACCGCAAGGGUGACACGCCACGGCAAAAGGCAGCAGUCGACGAAGCUAUAUUGGACGAGAUGAGAGAAGGCAUGUGA